AUGCGGAACGGGGGUCCCCGGAGAGCUGGACACGCCCGACAAAGACGCGGGGAGACGGGAGAAGAGGUCUGGCGGCAGGUUCGCGGCUGCGAGACGCCAUCAUGGGGGGUGGGGGGGGACUGUGUCCCGGAGCUCGUCCCAGAUUCCCUUCAGCGCGGGUCCCCGAGACCUCCCGGAUCCUCCCCGGAGCACGUCCCAGAUCGACCCCGGAGCCCGCCCCUAAUGCCCUCGGAGCCUGUCCCCGAUCUUCCCCGAAGCCCACCCGGGAUGCCCCCGGGAGCCGGCCCUGGAUCCCCUGGAGCUGGUCCUCGUCCCGGUGCGCCCCGCGCGGCACAGGACAAGUCCCUCUCGAGUCGGCUCGGGUACGCUCGGCUUUACCGGCUCGGCGGCGCGCCCAUCGGCGGGGACGCACGAGACCCGGGGCCGGGUCCCGCGCUCCAAUCCGCUCCCGGUCACCGUCCCAGCACUUCGCUUAGCUCUCGGCCGCCGUCCCCGCGCCUCGGCCCUGGCCUCGCCUUGGUGCGCCCGCUCGCUCCCCGAGCCUGGAUUGAUCUGGUCGCGCUGGCGUCAGGCAGUCGGAACCGCCCAGCCUCCACAGCCCGCCUGCCAAUACCCGGCGCACAACCCGCCCGCCGCUCGCCCUCGCUCACACGCGCACCGCGCGCGCCCGCUGCCGCUUAG